ACGGCCGCCUUUCCUGGUUCUCCUCCGCGUUCCCCCCCUCUCCCCCCCCGCUCUCUCCCUGCCUCGAAGUGGACUCGCAUUUCUUCACCUGACUGCUCGCAACUGCUCAUGCUUGUGCGGGGAAAAAAAUAGUUUGGCGUGGAUCCGCAUGGAGCAUGAAGCAUGCCGCGGGAAUCGCGUUGAGGUGAUUAAUGUCGACGGAGACGGGAGGCGUUUCUUUUCGCGUGGCUUGGUUAUGGUGGUGUAGUGGAAGGAGAUGUAGUUAAGGUUGCGGGAAAUGGUUCAGAUGAGUCCAGGAUAAUGCAAGCAUGAAGGAGGAAAUGUGUGAAAGCUCACAGGCGAUUUUUAGGGAUCAAGGUGGAGAGUGGGAAUUGUUAGUUGCGAAGGGCUGGUUUGAGGGGAGGAGAUGCUGUUUUGCUAGGCUGGGCAAAGUUGCCGCCUAGCAGUGAAGCUAUUUGAGAGUACAGAUCGUUAGCUGUACAGAAUGGAUUUCCAGGUGUUCCUUGUGCGGUUGGGUCCGAAAGGACGCGGAGGUAAUCGGCUGCUGCGGGUACUUGAUCAUGGCAUCACUCUGGUGCCUUUACAUGCGAGCAAUCCUAUGGUAGCUGAAUAUAGCUUCGAGCACAUUGCUAAAGUUACUGCCUCUAACGAUGACCCGACAGAGCUCUCAAUGGAAAUUCUGGACACGACGAAACAAAGCCUUGGGUAUGAUACAGUUCGUAUUCAUUGCGAUUCCAGAUCUGCCCUCCUAACUGUCCUAUUCAACCGCAUCGACGAAGUUAAUGGCAUUGGUACAGAUUUUACCGUUAAGAAGCACAGUAAUCAGCGAGGUGGUCUAGUUGACGCAGUUUUACGUGUUCGGAGUGCCUCCCUUGUCAAGAUGGUUAAUAUUGGGCACCGACAAGAGAGACGUCGGAUGAAAGGGGCUAAAAGAGUGAACUUUAAAGAUAUUGUCAAACUGGAAACUUUGAGCGACGACGAACAUAUUGUGUUGGUGUACCUUGCCUCGCGUGUCAUGCGGCUUUCGCUUAAGGAUUCCUUGCCUUUCUUACUCGCUGUUCAACGUAAUAUGAAGUCAAAUUUGAAAUUGGACAUCGAGAUCCAGAAGAUUACAAGUUCUGCAUUGAUCGAGAAUGUCGCGGCAUAUCUAAGAAAAGGGAAAAACAGUACUAUCCUUUAUAAAUUUGAAGUAAAAAAGCGGCAGGGUUCAUCUAAACAAGAACGGCAGAGGAUCAUUUGUAUUACUAAGGAAUACUUGAUUGAAAAGUGGGGGGACCAUGUGAUAGGAAUGCACAGUUUAAAGGAUAUACUUGGACUUAUUGUCAGCGAGAAAGACGACCGAGAAGUAACUCUGGAGUUUAGAUCUUGGAGACCUACCCUGUACCUUUUCGAAAAUAGGGACGACUUUUUAGCCAGUAUGGCUGAUUUGAUGGGCAUCGGAAAGGGUACUGAGUUUUGUAUUCGAAUGGAGCCUUAUUUCCCUCACAUGCUUCCGGAUAAGCCACCAGCAGCGCAUCAGAAUGAAUGCGAGGCAUACUUUCUCAACCGUUUCAUUGGAACCUUCAACUCCAUUCGCGAUCCUGCAGCAUUGCAUCUUGCGCUGAAAGAGUAUGCCUGCAAUAUCAAUGUAGGAGAUUCACAAUGUAGUGAUUUUAAAGUUCUUCAAGCUGUUACGGAUACCCUGAAAGACUGUUUAGGACCUUUUGGCCACGAUUACAUCCGCGCUACUACUUGUUGCCUUGUCCUUCAGAGGCUUCUGGCAUCUCGAACAUGUUUUGAGUCCGUCAAAAGCAUGCCCGAGGUUGUAACUGUACUACUCCAGUGCAUGCGAUCAGAAAACAACGUGCUUUCUUAUCUUGCCACAGUAGCUUUACGAGCAGCCAUAAAAUUUGCUUCAGAUCAUGGUGAUGCAGAAGUCGGUCAUGCUUCAAAGCAAGAAUUUGCAAACAGGAUGACAAUCUUGAGCACUGAUCAUCUUCAGCAGUUAGUGAAACUGCUUCAGGCACUCUCAUCUGCAGAAAGCAGUGCUUUGCAGAUUGUGGGGCUUUUGGAUAUCUUUACAUUGAUUCUCACGUCACAGCCUUUGGAAACCGAAACAGCGCGGGCAUGGAUUAAGGCUUAUGAAGCGUCAAUUAUGGCUGCUGCAGAUGUACUGUGUACAAUCUCUAGGUCUUCAAGUUCUGUUGUCUUCCACAGGAAUGGGGUGUUGCUGAAAGCACUUCUCACAAAGGCCUCACAGCCUGUAUGUAGUCAUCUGCAGAAAUACUGUCUUGGUCGAUGUGUGGUUCUGAUGCAAUUUAAAGCGGCACUUUUCUCUAAGCAAGAGCAUGUUCGGUUAUUAAGUAGCAAUCUAGUCUUCCUUUUGAUGGAAGGCAACCGUGAUGCACGAAAAGUUUUGGAAGUCCUUCUUCCCAAGGGUGUUAUGCAGCUUUAUGCUAGUAAAGUAGCUGAGAGGAAAGUGGCUGGAAAGGAUAAAGCAAAUGGUGGUCUAUUAGCGUGGAUAGAGACUCUUGAAGUACUGCGAAGUCAGACACUUGAAACACCAGUCUUGGUAUGGAAUGAUUUGAAGCGUUUGGAACUCAGAAAGUUUCUACAAGACGAGGUAGAUGGAUUCUACGAAGCGUACAAAAGUGAUCACGAACUCUUUUACGAUACUGCAGACAUACAGCUUGUGUACUCUACAGCUAGUGAGGGUGAAGGCUCAGUGAUUGGUGGUAUCCACCUGGAGCUUCUUGUGGACCUUCAUCCUCCUGCUGAUUCUGCUAACUACUCUUUUUGGAAGUUGCAUGAGCCACUGGCUAUAUUUCAAUCAGUAUUUCAGGCCAUGGUACUUGGCUUCACUCCGCUUUUUGGUCACAACAACUUACCGGAGCUUGAUCUACGACUGGCUGUCCAUGUGCUUAUUUGGAUUUAUGAACGUCAUGCAGACGAGGUUGCCUUCAGUGUUCAAACGUUGAACGUUGUCGAGACUGCUGUCGGGAUGCUCCGCGAAGUGGUGGAGAGUGAACAUCAGGUGUUUGUUUUCAAGCUGGUGGUAUUUUUGUUAGUCACUGUGGAGAAGGGGGGACGGGAUAAUGUUCUACGUUUCGUUCGCAGUGGAGGGGCGACUGUUCUAGUUCCUCUUAUUGUGUUAUCAUUAGCAAAGUGUUGUAGAGAUAAGCAUAAGUUUGAGUGCGAUGCAUGGUCUUCCCAAGAUAUUUUGUCUCGGGGUGCAGUGGAAACUCUGCGGUAUGUGGGUACGGACGGCGAGGUGAGACUCGUAAGGAUUCCUUCUGGAAGAGCACACGAGUUGCUGGAAAGAGCAACUCAAGAUGGCAGCAUGGACGCAAAAGAAGCUAUUAGAUGGCAAGAUGAGAAGGUUCCAGAGAAAAUCCAAUUAGGUUUAGCACUGGACUUGAUGGAAGCCCUCUUAAGGAUAUCGGGAAGUGAUAACACCAUUGAGCAUUUUCCACCUUCAGCUGCUUCUUCGAAUUUUGCUAGGGAAGAGAUCUUCUGUCAUUUAAUACAGUCACUUCUACUUGCGAAAAGUCCAAUAUUCAACAGGAUCCUAGAGGCUGUGACCACAUUGGUGAAUUCCAACAAAACUGCAAUGUCACAUCUCUACAAACUUGGUGCAUUUGAAAUUCUUCUCUGGAAACUUCUUGCUGGUGAUGUUGUCGAAUGGGACAAAACAAGAAUUGCCAAAUUCCUGGCACAGUGCCAUUUGCUUCAGGAUCUUUCGUCGUCACCAAGUAGUAAAAACGGUGAAGGUCAGCAUGGGACUUGGCGAGACAGUGUCUUGCACUUAUAUUUACCUGAAGGCUUGAUACUGAAGCUAAUGUCUGAGGGCCCUGAAUCUUUCUCAGCGCAUCUGGAUUCGGAGCAGGAUGGUCCUGAGGUAAUAUGGAACUCGGAUAUGAGGCAGCGCUUGCUUGAUUACCUAACAUCUGAGCUGGAGUCUUAUGUCAAGUUCCGUGCUACAGACCCUUUAGCAUUGUACAUCCAUGUCCCGAAAGCCCCACUAGCCUAUCCAGAGUUGGAAGAUUCGGUUUUCUCAUCGCCUUUCUACAUUCAGAACUUGCUGGAUAGUGAGCGAUUUCCUAACUACCAAAUCAAUGAUCCGAAUGGAUUUCUCAAUAGUCUUGCGCAGGAUUUACGAAAGGCAGCAAAGUUGUUGGACAAUUCAGUCGCGGAGUCCUCUGCAGAUCAUAAGGAGUUGACUCGCACUCACCUAUUGAUUCAUGCCCUGGCCAAUCUUGUUGACCGCUUUCCUGAGCUGGUGUUACCAGGUGACAUUGAAUCCGUUCUUAUUACACUAGCCACACCCUCUCUGAAUACUUGCCUGGUAGAGAGGGAAGGAGCGCCCGUAGUUGCUAUUGACGUUCUGCACUACUGUGUUCGUGUACUGCGGAGAUUCUGCGCUACAGUCACGAGUAAUGACGAAAUACCACAAGCUUCUAUCAAUUUUGCGUUGAGUGUUAUAUCCCUUGAGGCGAAGUUGAACCCGGACGGAACCUUCCCAAUAGCAAGCAGCAAUACAAGCCUGGAGUCUAUCGCUACAGGAUCCUUCUUUAUUCUAGAGAUUGCUUCUUCUUCUCAGUUUGGAAGAAAAUGUCUUCGCGAUGACAAAAGAUGGCUGGAGGGAUUUUUCUGGGCCCUUUGCCUAGCUGCUGGGGAUGCUUUGGCCAACCCUCCUCGUGGUCCUGCACCAGCAUCUUUUGCAGCGUUGAGUUGUUUGAAGAAUUUUGCUGGAGAUGAAGACUUGCAUGAACUUGUUAUCAAGCAGGCUCUGUAUCUUCCACUACUGUUGCUAGUUAUUCCGCCCGGUGAUGCUGCUCUUAAAGCUCGAGACACAAAGUCUGCUCUUCUUUACUUAGCUGCCGAUGUCCUGGGAACUUUAGUUCGAGUGCUAAAGCAGGCGAAGGUAUCGCGCUCCAAACUUAUUCAGCAACAAGAACGGUCGAUUAUGACCUAUCUUAUUCCAGGUCCUCUGCUCGCAUGUCUAGAACAUCCUGAGGGACCUGACAAGUUCAUGACGAUGGCUGGGUGCGACCUUGAGCAACCAAUGAUUAUGUGGACACCCGAAGUUCGAGCAGAGCUUCGUGAUCGUGUAAUGGAUCGUCUGCAGGAUCAUCACAUAUUAUUGGCUACAGGUAAUGGUGACACUGGUAAUGAACUGGAAUGGAUACAAUCAUUCCAAUACGAGUGCCUGAAGGAUGAAAUAACUGUGGGUGGAGUGUUUUUGAAAGGUCUUGCAGCUGGUCAGUGGGAGACUUUUGGUCUGCCAACAGGGCACGACUUCCUGGAUUGUAUUCUCGAUUACCUAGAAACAAAGCAACACAUUGUUGAUACACGGUCAAAUUUGUACUUGAGUAUCGACGACGAAUGUAAGGUUGCGCUCGACGAAUACCUAACAGUACUGGCUUCACUCAAAGAGUCACUGAAAUAUGCUGUGAAGGUGGGAAGACCUGAAUUAAUUUCACGGUGCCGUCUGUCGUUGCUCUCAACGAUUGCAGUCAAAGGAUACAGUAAUUUGCAAAUCCAGAUCGAAAUUGCCAGUAUUGUUAAAGUUUUGGCUGAGGAUGAAUUUGGGAGAGCAGCUGUACUUCAAUCCAAGUUAGUGGCAGCACUUGCGGUCAAGCUGUGGGAUUGUGCAGCUAAUUCUAGUAGUGCCGAAAUGGAAGAGGUACUCAUGGGGAUUCUCCGAGCCCUUCGUACUCUUGGUGAAGGAAUUCCUGCUACAGUAGAGGCUACUAAUCAGUUUGCAACUUCUGGAGUUCUCUUUCCACUCUUGGCGAUAUUCUGUGGCGUUAGGCUGCCAAAUUUUGAAGCUGCGGAUUCCGAUGACAGCCAAGACUUGGGCCUUUUGCAUUCUUCAGAAGCUGGACGCAUCGUAGCUGCCCAAACUCUUGGGCAGCUUCUUUUAGCUGGCAGUGGUGUGAGUCGUCGUUCCAAACUUCUUGAGGAUCUAACUCAGCGUAAGUCUCUCGCCAGUAAGUCUACAAACGGUUCGGUAAAUGGGUCUGCUAAUGGACACAGCAAUUAUGAGGAUGGUGUAGGAGAAGCCACUGAUAUGUACGAGCUGAUCAAUAUAAUGGAAUCGAGUAAAAAGGACAGCACAGGGGUGCGACCGAUUGUCAUCCAGUCUUUUUUGCUUUUACUUCCUCUCGACCUUUUAUCCACUUUGGCGAGAGACCCAGUGGAAGCCUGUCAGAAGUUUGAUGGAAUCUCUCAGACUCCAUGUCUUGUGUGGGAUCAGGGGAAACGGCUCCUCGUAAAGGAAACGCUCAGCAAGGAGGCACGCAAGUUGCGAAAUGCCUUACAACAACAGGAUUUUCUAUCAGCUUGGACUCUAGAAGGAGGGCAACCCGUCUUUGUUCGGUGGAUACUGUUCUCCAUUUUGUAUGGAGAUACCAAGGCAAUGUAUCGUGAUAGCGAACAAGCUGGUUAUGCACGCGAGAUGUAUCUUGGUGGGUUUUUUGUAGAUCAGUUUCUCAGAGAUCCUGGGUAUGACUUCGGUAAUAUUCUUGAGGCACGAUUUCUUUGUGAAGUUCGCAAAGCGGUCAUCAUUGGAGCGUAUGCCGAUGUUUUCAAUCUUGAUGACCGAAGGCGAUUAUUGCUUACUCUGCUGCUUCUUUUCAAAGCACGGCCUUAUCUAUUAACUGGUCAGUCGAACAUUGACAUAUUCCUCCCUGUUUACGACUUCAUGAGUAACCCAAACGAGCGUCGAGCACUUGCUCAACCGGCCAUGUGCUUGAUUCAUGCCAUUUGUUACGAUUCAGAUAUAGCCGACUGUAUCGUCUCUGAAGAAUUGAUCGAGAACCUGGUUUCUCAUCUUCAACUUCGAGUUCCGAGAUCUGCAGCUGGUUAUGCUGGAACUGAUCCACGGAUAUGCAGCCUUAUGUUACUACUCCGUUUGAUGAGGCUUAGCAGUGCAACUGUGGACAUUGCAUUAAGGUUGGGAAUAGUUCCAAGAAUGGCAGACUUCAUCAUCGAUGCUGAAGGUGCCGAUGGGGUUGUACAACGUGCAAUUGAAUGUUUGGCGAUCAUGUGUGCAGACAAGCGUAAAGGUUCUGAGGUGAUUAGAUUGCUAGAUAAAUUAGUGCCUGGAAAUGCGAAGAAUUACGGAGCAUGGAUCACACCUACCGAUCAUAUUCGAGAUGAAGUAGUGGAUUCUGAGACAGUGAAGCAUUUUUUGAAGCACAAGUAUCCUUGUGAUUGGUGGACUGAAGAUUCUUUAGGAGUAAGCGAAGAAGAUUCUGAAUUAGGACCAGGCAUCGUGGUCGAUGCUUCAGUGUCCUUCCCAAAGGCGACGAUGGCAGAUUUUCAAGACGAAGCAGACGGAGUUUUCAAACGUAGUAUUGCCAUUGGUGCCGAAGUGGAUACGAAGGACGUACGUAUUACAGGAAAGCGCCCUGGUAGUGUAAUUGUGGACUUUGAAGUCUAUUUUCGACGGUUCAGGCCUGACUUCAGCAGGGGAGGCCAGCCUCGUAAGGCUGAAAUCGAUGCCCGCGUGUUCAAAGAGAAGCUAGAGUUCGACAGCACUACCUUUUUUGGUGGUCAAUACUUCGGACGUAUGGGUCGUCCCAAUCUAAUGGCUGUUGCGGUGAGGCAUCUCAAUCGCUCACAGAACGUUAUGGACGAUACUUUUGGAAAUGAUGUAUUUGGAAGUAUUGAAGACAAAUCUUCUAAUGGUGAGGACCAAAUCUUCAAGCAUGUAUUCCAAGAUUUGCACAAAGAUCGAGACCACGAUGUCAUUUUCAGUCAGCAGCCCGCCGAUCUCGACACAGACGAAGUCGAGGCUGAAGCUCUGAAACAGAACCACAUGUCAAGCCUUGGAUUAUGUGCAGAUGAACGUGGUUUUCGCACUUCUGAAAUCGGAAACUCUGUGGAAUCGCCAUCCAUGUCUCCUACGUCUGUUCUUACUCUUUCGUUGGAUGAUCCCAAGGAGUCGUACCACAGUGGCUCUCCAUCAACAUGCUUUUCACAAUCUAGCUCUUCAAGUACUUCUAUUGCCAACAUUGUGCCGAAAUCCCCUCUAUCUUCUAUCCCUGGUGCAACAGCUAGGCCUUCUUUCAACUUCAAUUCAAGGAUGGAUUUUCAUCCACCUACUUCUUCUCUUGCUAUUCCCCGCGUGGCUCUUCAGCGUACAUCCAGUAUGUCACUUAACAGGAAUGCGGUUCCAGGUCUCAUUCGACCGACCUCUUCAGGAAAGAGUUCCUCGAUAGGUCAACUUUCCCCGCCUCUUUCCGUUCGUUCUCUCUCUAUGAAGAACAGGUCACAGUCACCAUCUAGCUCAACUUCUCAGGUGUCUCGUUCAUCGCCUUUUACGCAGAGGUCCCCUGAGUUAUCAUCACCGUUCCCAAGCGUACUAAAUCAACAUCAGAUAUCAGUUGCAACUCAAUCAUCGCCAGAGAGAUCUGUAUCGUCGGUAGCACCUGCUGCAUCAGAUACAACUCUACCAUCUUCAGAAAGAUCUGUAGCUUCGGUGGCACCUGCUGCAUCAGUUACAAUUCGAUCAUCUCCAGAGAGAUCUGUGUCUUCGGUGGCACCUGCUGCAUUAGUUCCAAUUCGAUCAUCGCCAGAGAGAUCUGUAUCUUCGAUAGUGCCUGCUGCAUCAGUUCCAACUCAAUUAUCGGCGGAGAGAUCUGUAUCAUCAGUAGCACCUGCUGUAUCAGUUUCAACUCAAUCGUCCUCGGAGAGAUAUGAACCUUCGGUAGCCCCUACUGCGUCAGUUCCCCGACCUAUUGCGUUUAUGGAUCCUCAGUCAGUACACGUUGAUCCGGCUCUUCUUGGAAAAUUCAACAAAAACAUCACGGUGAAGUUUGAAGACGAAAGUUCGAUGCCCUUGGGAUCAGCGCUAGCAUUGGUGUUAGAUGGAGCUAACCUGAAGAUCACAAAAAAGAUUGCUGCUAUUAUGGAAUUUCAUGAUGCUUUUGAAGAGGAGCAAGAAGAGUUGGGAAGAAUGGUUGAGAAGUUUCCAAAGCUGGUGCAAAAGUUUGCUUUACAACCACAUCUCUGUUAUGACCUGAUGUGUGUAUGGGAAGAGAACUGUUUGGAUCUGUUGCUGAGCGAUGAAUUGGUUAAGUACGGAAAAACAAUUUCAGCAGUGGACAUUUGCUCGGUGGACAAUGUUGACGAUGCUGUGGAAAGAGCGAAGAAAAAGUUUCAAUCCAUUCUUAAGAUCCGCAAGGAAAACCAAGCUAAAGAGUUGAAGGAGAAACCGAAGCAAGUAAAAUCAGAUACAGGGGACGUCCCCAGAUCCACGAGUGGAAAGAAGAUCCAAGAGGAGCCUAGACUUCUUCCUAAGUUCAAGUUACAACCAGGGAAGAAAAAGAAAGGUAUAUGGUCAUAACAACUCGGAUCAUUGUGGUUAUUUAGUUAUGCUGAUAGGAAUGAACCUGGAUCCUGUUCUUCUUACUGACCUUUGAUCAUGUCUGGUCAACUAGGACAAUCUAAUGUAACAAACACUGCAUAUUCUCGCUCAGCAUUCGAUUAGAAUAUAGAUUAUAGAACGUUUAAGGUACUUGGGAUUAGUUAAAUCAGGCAAUCUAGAUUGGAUUACUGCCUGCACGUGUUCUGUAACCUAAAACCCAACCUCACAAGAGCCGUGAGAAUUGUCACUCAGGCCUACUGUAAUCCUCAAGCGUUAUCCUUUUGAAUAUUAGAUCCUAUUGUGACGUAA